AGUCGCUUCGCUAACGUAUUCGCGAGCGGAGCGAUUUCGCCAACGGCGUCCGCGUUCGCUUGUGUUGUGCUGUGUGUCCGUGCGUUUCAUGUGGCGUGACUGUGGAUUGAGUGCUGUGUGCUGCUGUUCGUCGUCCGUGUCCUGAGGAUUCUACUUGGAUUAAAAGGAGAAAAACCGCUGGUUUUGUGUGUGUGUCCGCCGGGGAAAGUUUUUCUGCGGCAGUGGCUCAGGUGCGGCACCGAAGAGACAGUCCGCUCUGACCCUGUGGGUGAAGAAGCAGACACAGAAAUGAUCAGUAGGCGUAAAAUUCUUUCCCGUUCGCGGGACGAACUCAAUGUUGAUUUCACCGUUGAGGACGAAGAAGACGUCUGGUACCAGAAGGAUAAAUUAUUUAAGGAUCACAUUCAAGAGGUACUCAACAAAUGGGAUCAAAUCGACGACGAAAUCUGGGCCAAAAUCAUUUGUAUGGAACGGAACCGAAGAGUGGCCAAGGCGUACGCCAGAGCUCCAGUCCUCACUAUUAAUGGCUCCAACGAAGGCUUUGACGGACUCAGGAUCGGACUUUGUGGUUUUGACAACCCCAUGCGAGAUCCCAAGACAGAAGAAGUCAAGAAACAAGUCGGACAUGGAGUUAAAAUCAAAAUGGACAACGACGGCAACAUCAUGAUCAAGCGUGUGAGCAAGAGCAACGUCUACAUCAAGGAAAUCGCGGGUGAAAACAACAGCGUCUCCACAGAGAUCAUUCGAAGCAACGGACUCCUGGAGCUGGAGAAGCCAGUGAAGCUGUUCGAGAUGAAGAAAUUUCAGCAGAACGUAUCGAGGGAACUGAAGCGUGCUUACCCGGACCGCAGGCACCUGGAGGCGCAGUGCGUGAGCUGCGUCAGUUUCGUCAAAGACAAUCACGACCUCCUUGACUGCCCCUGCUGGGUUAUGGUCAUCAAUAUCGUCGCCCUACAUAUGCUCAAGAACAAGCUGCCGCCGCCCAUGGCGAAGAGACAGAGCGCUCCAAACCUGAUGAGCAUCUUCGACAGAUCCAGGUUACCUCUCCCAGAGGAAGAUCCUUACAGCCUUCCAGGAUCUACGCCCAGGAACCAGUACACCCCGCCAAAGGAAGCAAAGCCUCCCAAGCUGCCUCCCAGAGACCUUCCCAGGGUUAAUGUGCCCCGGCCCGACUAUGAAGACCACAGGGCAGAUUCCAACAGCCGUUCUAGUUCUUCCAGUAACCGCAAAAAAACUCAAGGGUAUUAUGAUGACCCUUACUACUGCGGACUUAAAGCCCGAGUUCCAAACUUCGGGAAGCGUGGCCAGGAACCCGUUCCACAUCCCGUGCCCCACCCCAUAUUCCGCAAUCACAGCCAGGCCUACCUGAGCCUGUUCAAGACUCCCGACCGCUCCAUCUACGACUCGGGAUAUGGAAGCUGUUCAACUGUCACUAACAACACUCAAAUGCAUACAGGAUCAAGCGACGAAGAGUACUCCAAAAUCUAUGGCCGAAUCCGUCCCCAGCAAACGUCGCCAAGCUACCAGCUAGCCCGCGAAGUCUACGUCGGCGAGUGGGAGUGACCUCACUGCCUCAGCUAACCUCACUCCAAUGCCAAUCUACACGUCACAUCCGCUGGCGAAAAACUCUCAGAGGACUUCUGUUGGCGUCGCAAGAUCAGUGCGACGGUUGUGUAUGAACCAAUUUUUGUGAGUGGAACAAUGUAAGACUCGUGUGGAAUGAAUACUUACCGAGAGCGAGACAAGAAACGGACAUUUUGCUCUAAUACUCGUCCGCAUGAGUGAGUCAGGAGGCAGCUUUGGAAGAGGACGCAACGUUUGCAGGAAACAUUUUGUGCCGCGAACUCGAAAUGAUUUCUCCGAACGUGUGACUGGAAGUACGAGUAUGUCAUAACAGGCUGUGCCAUUCCUGUGCCUUAGUUUGAAUGUGCGCGAUUUUGGGGCGGUGCCUUUUCCCGUGUCCUUUUUUGUCAAGUGUGCCUACAAAGUGUUUUUCUUUGUUUCUGCUCAUGGUUGGAGACUUUACAAUCGUAUUGAGGAGUCGAUCUUUCCUUUCAAGAUUGCUUUGCUUCGUUCAAUGUGGUCCUUCGUUCAAUUACAAGUCAUACUUUAUAGGGACAAUUAUCCCCGUAAAAAAGUCCUUAAAGAAACAACAGUGCCGGUAGUGUUUAGAGGUAGUGUUGGAUAUUCUUCUCACAUAUUCUCACUUUUCUGCAUGUUAAUGAUUUAUGACCGUGAGUUUAUGACUGUUAUUUCAAUUGUUCUUUCUGGUAUAUAAAACCCUCACACGAAUAAAUCGCUACGGACUGUCUGUUUGAGCGUAAGGAGCCUUGUAUUGACUUGUAUUGUCGACUCUAGGAGAUGAGCCACAAAAGAUUGCCCAUUGCCUUUUAGGAAAGCUGAUAUCUCCCGCCUUUAAAUGACUUUAUAUAAGGAAGCCGCGCGAAAAGGCUUAUAUGUACGAAGCAAAGGAAACUUAAAGGAACUGUACUUUCAGCGUGCGGUGCUCUUUACUCGUUCUGAUAUCGAUGCUGAUUGUUUACUUGGAACAGGUAGUAAUUUAUGAACCUGUAUAGGAUGUACACGCCAGCCCUUGAAAUAUGUUUUUACGAGCUCAUGUAACUGUUACCGUGAUUGUUUUCAUGGUGAUCUACUCGUCCUUGUGUACACUCCUUUUUAUGAUGAUACUUAAUCACCGCUUGAUACUCUUGCUGCUUAACUACUUUCUCGUUUUUUUCUCUGCACUAUCCUGCUCUACAUGUAUACUCGUCUAUUUUAAGGUCUAAACCAUACGAAUGAGACUGGCAUUCAGACGUUAUUAAGCGUCGAAACGAAUUUCGUUGUAAGAAUCUGAGGAGCAUUAUUUGUGGUUCCGUGUCCUGUUGAACCCCAGUCGGCGAACACUGUGACUUUUAAAUCUGUUUUUGUUCCGUUGAAGCCCAAUGUUGAUAUGUUGUUACGUCUCUUAUUUAAGACUACAAUGACGCCUAGCGCGUUGUUACUGUUAAUAGGACGGUUCGCCGACAGUUUUCGUAUUGUGCCGAAGUGUGUAAAAAUGCGGUUUUUGCGACAAUAAAAGCAACUUCUCUUCGUUGAA